AUCUGUGCAGUCUGCAGAGCAGAAAAUUCUUAGUAGAGUCUCAUACUUUCCAGUUUGUUAUUGCAUGUCUUGUAUCACUUUUCUUGCUGUCUUUGAGGAGCCCUGGAGUUCUGACAGCCCUCUCAGGUUUGUCCUUAACUUCCUUAUUCAAAACUUUGCCUGAGAUCAGGAUCUUGGAUUACGUUUUUCUCACUUUCAUAAUUAAUACCAGGACUACGUCUUUUGUAAGUAUUUUGAACGUAAGUUUAAGGUAGAUUCAGAAUGCCUCGCCCACAGGAUUUUUUUCAUUCAAAGACAGAAGUGAUUAUCAGACUAUGACAGGACACAACUGAAGAUCCUGCUGGUUUCCAUGGAAGCCCCUUGGUUUGUAAUAGCUGGAAUAGCAGACGGUUCUACAAACAGCUUGUGAAGUGCUCGUGUGGGGGAGUGGGUAUGGGGAGCAAGAAACUUGAUUGCCUCUUAUUUGUGCAUUAGUAUCAUUCUCCUGUGAAAUUCAUUAUUGCUUAUCUCAAACCAAACUCCCACAGAUCCACUAAACAAAAGCAUGUCUUGGUGCCUCUGAGUGCCAUUCUUUCAAAACUAAAUGUUAGACCAUCUGCAGUCCUCUUAAGCUGUUGAUGAUGGUACUCCUGGGAUGGCUGCCCCGCUGACAGAAAAUACCAGUUCUCUAUUCAGAAAAAUAGGAAUGCCAGAGUGGAUGAAUUGCAAUUCUAACAAAAUAAUGUGGAUUAUAGAUUUGUAAAUCCCCUACAAUCUAUGAUUUAUAAUUCCCCCAAACACUUAAAAAUUUAUUGAGCAGAAGGGUAAAGUGCAUACAAGCAGGAAAAUACUUUUAUCGUUUUAGACCUGAAUUCAUACUGAAAGUUUGAGCCUAAACAGUUACAAUAUUUAUCGAACACUGGGUUUGCCAGCAGAUCUGCAUGUAAGCAUGUUGGAAGCUGGCACCAGCAACAGUCAUUCUGACUAGAUGUGCCUUAACAUGAUCUUGAAAUUACAGGCACACUCCGGCAUAGUAAUGAGAUGCAGUCUGGCAGGCAUACUUCCCUUAAAGAGACAUUGUCUUGGUGCACAGAUGUGAAAAUAGGAGAGAAAAUUUUAGAACCUGGGUUUUCAACAUGCCAUAUGGAGCUUUUGGGUUUUUUUUUUGCUCUUCCCUAAAUGAAAACAAGGAAUCUGUAACAGCACUUGAAGCGAGAUGUGGCUGCAGUGGGUGUACUGACGGGUGGAGGUGGAAAGUAAUGCUUCCUCCAGCAAGAGUCCUGGGGUAUGUUAGAGCACUCUUACCUGUCUCCUGCAGUAUGAGCUUGAUUCAUCAUUAGUCUUCACUGAAUUGAAUUCUAUUUGGGGAUGCUUCAUGUGUGUCGUUUGAGCUCGCAAAUAAGGAAUGACAGUGUUUAUAAAGAUUGUGCUGCAGGCGGCUUAAAAAUCAUUUAGGAAAGCAAUUGUCUUUGGUUUCCUACAGACAGGCGUCAUCUCUGCAAAUAGCAAGGGAAUGGGAAGCUGAGGUAAAGGAGAGUAUCUUGUUAGUGCAUAUAUAAGCUGUGACAAAAGUGAUUUGGAUUAAAUGUAUGCUUCCUUCCUUAAAGGUGGAAGGGGUCUGCUUUUGAUCUGAGGAGGUGGAUAGGUAGCAUGAACAGUAUUUCUGCUGGUUUGGGGACAAAGAAAAAUACGGAUUUCCUGUACAAAACAGAGUUUUGAAGAAGUCACAAUACUCUCAAAUAGGUGAACCAAACACCUCUCCCAGCGUUUUAUGUAAGUUAAUCAGGGUGGAGAAAACAAGUUCUGAGUUUUGACAGUGAAGUUACAUGUGGAGACUUGGCUGUAGCGAUGGCUUGACUGGUAAUUUAUAGCAAACAGCGAAGGAGGCAGUGCCUCUCCACAGCCCGAAGAACACUGCCUUUUCGUUGGGCUCUCUCUACUAACAGGCAUGACUCUGCUCUCCCAUCUUCCCGUCCUCCUGAGGCUGUUGGAUCUACCUCACUGCAAAUCUGUAAGAACAUACAUUGUGCGAUCGAGGCUUCUUGUUCUUUUUUUACCUUAUUUUUAAUGUGCGGAUCAGAGAAGUUAUUCUAUGGGAAACUGCCAAGAGAACACAAGUGUUUUUUCCAAACCCCUUUGAACACCUUUUGUAAGGAGUGAGUGACUGAAAUGUUAGUUCCUUCCAGUAACUGUUAAAUGUCCCUGCUAAGCAUUGCAGAGGUGAGCAGAGUUGUCAGGUGAUACAUUUAGUGAACAUGGAGCAAAAUCUUCUCUACAGUGGAAAAAUUUGCAUGUUGUUAUCACAUCUUCAAAUACGAAGAGGUUUGGCAAUGCUGAACUGUUAAAGGACAGUCAAACUUCAGUGAGCUUUUAGGUGAAAAUAUUUUAGAUGUACAAUCAGAUGAAUCCAGUUCUUUAAACCUCAUCAUUGAGAACUGCAGAGCCAGCUUCAGAAUGUCACUAAUAAACACCCCUCUGUAGCAGAGAAAAUCUCUUAAAUUAUUACUGGUAUGUCACAUUGUUGCUGACUUGUUUCCCCUGUCGCUUACAUAAACCAGCAGGAUAAACAGGCACAGGAAAUGGCUGGUAAUUCUCCAUGGAUGGAGGGUGAUGUUAAGUGCCUGCUCCUGUGAAAAAUUCUCAGUUCACCUUUUUUAAGAAGAUUUGACUUACUUCUCAUACUUUUUUUGCUGUUUUUAAGCAUAAAGGAUAAGGUUUUCUUGUAACUCUGGAUGGGGAGGUUUGGAAUUACUUCAGAAAAUUCAUUUUUACUUUGAACGCCCUUUCUCUCCUGUGUGAUUGUGCUGGCGUUUCUGUAUCAAAAGGGUUGGCCUGUUGGCAAUUACCAUGAUCCUUGUCUUCAUCCGAGCUUUGAAUCCAGUGGACUAUUGAAUAAGCAAAUAAAACCGGCUUGUUCAGGAAGAUGAAACAGAGUAUCUGACUGAAUUUCGAAUUUCAUUAGAGGGAAGACCGAGGCAGGUAAACAUCAAGAGAGGAGAUGAAUUUCCUUAUGCUCAACCCCUAACAUGACUGAAUUUGCAGGAAGAUCAGCUGAGAGCAACCCCCAGCCUUGCUGCAAGGCCCUUUACCUGCAAUGCAGUGCUGUGCAGCUGCAGCUAGGUGGUGGAGGCAAAUCCCUCUUCUCCCUCACUCUUGCACAAAGCUUUGCUGCGUUCGGGAAGAACCAGCCCCUCCGCCUGCCGUUGAUGUCCCCCUGCUUCCUGAACAGUGUGGCAUCUGAUUUUUAAUGGCUCUUUCGAAAACCAUUGGGCUGUCUUCAGGAAUAUCUUUAUCAAUGGGAGGCCGUGCUUCAUGCAGACCCGACACUCAGCAUCGGGGACCUGCUGCUCAUUCAGAGAAUGAUCUUCCAGAGCAAGAGGAAGAAAUCCUGGGAUCAGAUGAUGAUGAACAAGAGGAUCCAAAUGAUUACUGUAAAGGUGGUUAUCACCUUGUGAAAAUAGGAGAUCUUUUUAAUGGACGAUACCACGUGAUUCGGAAGCUUGGAUGGGGCCACUUCUCCACCGUGUGGCUAGCUUGGGACAUCCAAGGGAGGAGAUUUGUGGCAAUGAAGGUGGUGAAGAGUGCGGAGCACUACACGGAAACAGCCCUGGAUGAAAUCAAGUUGCUGAAAUCGGUCCGCAACAGCGAUCCAAAUGAUCCAAGUAAAGAGAGAGUUGUUCAGCUAUUAGAUGACUUCAAGAUCUCAGGAGUUAAUGGUUCUCAUAUCUGUAUGGUGUUUGAAGUUCUAGGGCAUCAUCUCCUGAAGUGGAUCAUCAAGUCAAAUUAUCAGGGGCUUCCACUCCCUUGUGUCAAAAAGAUCAUCAAACAGGUUCUUCAGGGUCUGGAUUACUUGCACACAAAAUGCCGAAUCAUUCAUACAGAUAUUAAACCUGAGAACAUUCUUCUGUGUGUUAAUGACCAGUAUAUCCGCAGGCUGGCUGCAGAGGCAACGGAGUGGCAGAGAUCUGGGGCUCCCCCACCAUCUGGCUCUGCAGUGAGCACUGCACCACAGCCAAAACCAGCUGACAAAAUGUCAAAGAAUAAGAAAAAGAAGUUGAAAAAGAAGCAGAAACGACAGGCUGAGUUGUUAGAGAAGCGAAUGCAAGAGAUAGAGGAAAUGGAGAAGGAAGCAAGCCCUGGGCAGACGCAGCCUGAAGAGGAGGAAGAAGCUCAGAGCCCUCUGGAAAUGCUCAUAAAAGUUAGUCCGCCAGAGGAAAUUGUCAUCAAAAAGACAGCUGAAGUCAUUGUGCAGGAGCAAUCUAUUCUAAUGGAAAGCAGCGUGGAAAAAUGUGUAACAGAAAUGAACUGCAAUGGAGUGAUACAAAUGACGGACUUCCCAGACUCCAGCAAUCAAGGGUCUGUGCGACUUGAGGAUGACCUUCAUAAUGCCAAUGACUGUGGCAGUCACCCUCAUACGCAGAAGAAGGAGAACUUCCAUAGUUGUAAUUACAGUCAGCGUAACGGUGACUCGGAGAACAGGCCUCAAGAAGCAAUGUCGGACUCAUUCGUGCCCUUAGUUUCAGAAGAUUCCAUGGUGUGUCAGCCCACAUCCAACGAAGAGCGAUCGUUCAGUGAGCAGGAGAUUAACCAUUUGCAAGAAAGCAUCCGGACAGAGAUACCUUCAGAGGACGAGAAUGAGAAUAACAACCCGUCGGACAACAAAGGAAAAUCAACUGCUGGGAAUUUCCUUCUUAAUCCUCUUGAGCCCAAGAAUGCAGAUAAGCUCAAAGUGAAGAUAGCUGACCUAGGAAAUGCCUGCUGGGUGCACAAGCACUUCACUGAAGACAUCCAGACAAGACAGUACCGAUCCUUGGAGGUGUUGAUAGGGUCUGGGUACAACACCCCUGCUGACAUCUGGAGCACGGCGUGCAUGGCCUUCGAGUUGGCAACAGGAGACUAUCUGUUUGAGCCUCAUUCUGGGGAAGAUUACUCACGGGAUGAAGAUCACAUUGCAUUGAUCAUAGAACUUCUGGGGAAAAUACCUCGCAAGCUCAUCUUGGCAGGAAAAUAUUCCAAGGAGUUUUUCACCAAAAAAGGUGAUUUGAAGCACAUCACCAAACUGAAGCCCUGGGGCCUUUUUGAAGUCUUGGUGGAGAAAUACGAGUGGUCCCAAGAUGAGGCAGCUGCAUUCACAGACUUCUUAUUACCCAUGUUGGAGCUGAUCCCAGAGAAACGAGCUACAGCAGCAGAGUGUCUCAGGCACCCCUGGCUUAACUCAUAGAGGCUUCAGCCCAAUGCCACAGCACUACUCUGGUUUACAGCAUAGCGUACAUGCACCCAGCUGCCCCUUCCCAGAGCCAGUUUUUUUUUCCCUUGUUCAUUUUCAGUGUGAAGUUCUUCCUUCAAGGCUUCCAAGAUUUUAGAUAAAUCUAACCUGUUCUGCUGAGUUUGCUUGUGUGACUCAAUGGGGACUCUCCUCAGCCAGUGGGCAUCAUCUGUUUUGCCUUGAUUGGGCUUUGCCAAAGACUAAUUGACUAGAAUAUGAAGUUUUUCCUGAGUUCCCUCACUGUUAUGCACCGUGUGUUACAGAAGUGAGCUCACCUGUGCUCAGGUAUGCUCCCUAAGCUAAAUUUCAACUCUCCUUUCUUCACGAGGGGGAUGUGAAGAUCCAAACGCCUCCUUAUCUCGCUGACUCAGGAGUCGAUUUCCCGAUGUCAAUGCAGUAGUUAGCAAUGGGGUGAGAAGUACCAGAUGGCACCAAAGUGGUGUUAGUUCCUCAUAGAGCAAAGACCUCCAAAUCCUCCAUCGUUUUCUAGGUGUCUACUGUAUUCUUUGCUUUCCAGUCACAUAACUUUUCUUUAGUUCUAGCUGCUUAAAUAUUUUGAAAAGAGCUAUUUAAACCUAGGUUUUAGUAUCCUUUAUUUCUUUCUCGAAAGUGCCCUGCCCCUUUUUCCUUCCCCGUGCCCAGGUAGAAUAGUUUCUGAAGUCAGUGACAUUUUCUACUCUAAUGCCUGUGCCUGUGACUAAAAGGUGACAAGUAAAAUAAGCAAAAGCUGGAACUGGCUCAACGCACAAUCUUCAGCGUGCAGAUGGGCGCGCCCUUGGCUGCAGAGAGGUAGCCUUGUUGCCUGCAACUCUUCUAACAUUUUAAUGAGCUGCGAGUUUUUUGGGUUUUAUCCCUUACUUUUUUUUUUUUUUUUUUGCCUUGCUUUGAGGUGUUUGCUGUAUCUGUGAGAAACUGGCUUUCACUGAUGGAUGCAGCCUACUUUGGCCUUUAAUUUUUGACCAUUGACUUUUUUUCCCAGGAAAAGGGUGUCAGUGUCUGUACCAUGCUAUAGCCCUUGACUUUCAAAAUCAACACUUGAAGGCCUGGUGUAAAGAUUUCUUUUAACUUGCUUCAGGUGCUGGCCUUUAGAAAUAACUUCCCAGGAUGCCUUUUAUUUUCUAGGCCAUUAGCACAAGGAGAGCUAGAAAAAGUGGAAGAGAACUGACUUUUCCAUGUAGAUACUGGAUUAGAAGCUGUUUCUAGAGUUACCCCAAGUAAAAAUGUUUGGUGGGGUUUCUGUAUAAACUUCUCGGAGGGGGUUGGAUAUCGUGAGUAAAUUUGAUUAAUUUUAAUUCAAAGUUAAAUCACUGUGGCAUUUGAUAGUUUUAUGAUGACAUCUUCUAGACUUGCCCAUCCUAUUACAAAUUCAGUGCAUUCUACUCUACUCUAAAGCAAGAUUUGGCAGCGUUGAGACUUCAGAGGCACUUCCUUACCCUGGACCAAACAGGCCUUUGGAUUCGUGGUGGCUCUCAGUGUAGGAGUUGCUGCGGGAGCGUGCUGGAGGUCGUGCAGAUGCCAGCCGAGACGAUUCCGUUGCCAAAGCUGCCGAGACCACUGUUACGUGUCACUUGUGUGUGUGUUUGGAAAUCCUGGUUCGUAAGGAUCAUUCAUUCAUAAGCCUUGGUGUCAUUUAAUCCACUUGAACAGAGUUUCUCCAGUCCAGUGCCUGAUUGGGCUUAUUAAUGCAAAUCAUGCUGCAUGUUCUUUUAGCGGUAGGUCAGGUUCUCUAUGCAUAUAAUCUAAAAUUAAAGGAAGGUAACGUACCAAAAGAGUUUUAAACUGCUGAUUUGACUUUUUUUUCCCCCCUUUCAUACGGAGUUUUCCAGUUGCAUGUCACUUCCGUAUCUGUUACAGAAGGACUGCAGACAGGACUGGGUUCCAAAAUACUGUCUACGUACUGUGAAGAUACAUUGGCAGGGCAAACAAUUUCUCUUGUCUUGAAAGCUCACCCGGUCCUGUGUACUCAAGACUGGCUGAUUAAAGAACUUUUUCCAGAAGGGGUCUGCCUGCUUCGACUCCAAGAGCUCCUUCCUGUCCUUCCCUUCCCUCUGCCACCCCUGACUGGAGGAGGAGGUUUUUUAUCGUGAUAGCCAAGGCUAGAGCCAGCUUGUGAGUUGAAGACCCGCAGAAGCAGCUGUCAGGGUUCAGUCUUGUACCGUGUGCUCGUUCACUUGGGGUUUGUUAAACUUCCAAAUUGCCGUAAAGUGCUCACACUAAAGGAUUUGUACUUGCUGUGUCAGUCUAAAACCUGAAGGAAAAUACAUUUUUAUUCUUUCUA